AUGACUGUCAUCACCCCGGGCAUCGACUUCCUCCUGCGCGGGGCUUUCUCCUACCUCGCUCCAAGCGUCCUCUUCGCCGUCUCUCUCAAUCAUAUCUUCCAUUUGAACGACAUUCAAGUACCAACUGUCGUUGUCGUGCUUAUCGGGGCUCUUGCGUCACCAAUAUAUACUGCCUUCAAAAUAUGUGCAUCAGACUGGAAAGCGAGACGCGAAGCAAACAAACUUGGUGCACGCCUCAUACCCAGAGUCAAAGGGAGAUUCCCAGGGAAUUUGGACGUACUCCGGCAACUGAUGCAGGACUUUGAGACCGGUUAUAUUGGUGACGGCGUUGCGCAAUUGAUCAAGGAACACGGUCCCAUUGUCGAUAUGCAUAUCUUAUGGGACUGUGCUGUUGUUACCACCUGUCCCGAGCACAUCAAAGCUAUGUUAGCCAAAGACUUUACCAAUUUCGAGAAGGGCCCGGAGUUCCACGCGAACAUGCAUUCUGUUCUUGGAACCGGGGUAUUCAACUCUGACGGCGACAUGUGGAAAUUCCACCGUUCCAUGACACGGCCCUUCUUCUCCCGUGAUCGUAUCUCCCACUUUGAUUUAUUCGAUCGACAUGCAGAAAUCGUGAUUCAGAAGAUGAGAGAGCGUUCCCGCCAAGGCUCGGCCAUCGACUUCCAAGACUUGAUGGGCCGCUUCACACUCGACUCUGCCACUGAAUUUCUUUUUGGGUCCUGCGUGCACUCUCUCAACGGGCGUCUGCCUUAUCCAUACGACAAGCAACUGCUUCACUAUUCCGACACCCAUCAAAGCGAGGAAGUCGCAGAGAAAUUCGCCCAUGCUUUCCUACAGGCGCAGCAGAUCAUCGCUGGACGCGAACGGAUGGGUUGGACUUGGCCGCUGACGGAACUUUGGGGUGACAAGACCAACGAACACAUGAGAGUCGUCGACGCGUUCAUCGCACCCAUCGUUAAGGACGCUGUCAAGAAGAAGAGGUCGGCCGACGAGGAGAAAGGUAUUGCUGGUUCUGCAACGCUGGACAUGGAGAAGAAGGACGAUGUUAGUGAUGAUGAGACGCUGCUCGAUCAUUUAGUCAAAUUCACAUCAGACCCGAUUGUACUGAAGGAUGAGGUGUUGAACAUCAUGAUAGCUGGUAGAGAUACUACCGCCGCAACGCUGACCAUUAUUCUGUACUUCCUCUCCACACAUCCUGCUGUUUUUGCCCGCCUUCGCACCGAGGUUGUCGACAAGGUCGGCGCAAACAAGAGGCCCACGUUCGAAGAUAUCAGGGAAAUGAAGUACCUUCGAGCAGUUAUCAACGAGACUCUGAGAUUAUACCCUAUCGUGCCCUUUAACGUGCGCACAUCGAUCGAGCCGACCGUCUGGCCCUCUCCCGAUCCCAACGAGAAACCUAUAUACAUACCCGCGAAGACAAAGAUGUCGUACUCCGUAAUGUUGAUGCACAGGAGGAAAGACCUGUGGGGUCCCGACGCCGAAGAGUUUGACCCAGAUCGCUUCCUGGAUGCUCGCCUCAAGAAGUACCUCAUAUCCAACAGCUUCGCGUUCCUCCCCUUCAACGCCGGGCCACGAAUAUGUCUGGGCCAGCAGUUCGCGUACAACGAAAUGUCGUUCAUGGUCAUCCGUCUUCUGCAAGCCUUCGAUUCGUUCACCCUCGACGAGGACGCUCAACCCCCCGAGACUAAGCCUCUCCCCGAGUGGAGGAACGAAGUAGGAACUAGGAAGGGGAUGGAGAAGUUCUUCCCCAAGGUUGGCCUUACCUUGUACGCCCAUGGAGGACUUUGGAUCAAGGCAAAGGAAGCCCAAGAGUAG